UUCCCUAAUAUACACAAAAUACAAACCUGUUCAUCUUCUUUCACCUCAACCUUUCUCCUCCUUUCAUCCCUUUCAAUUUAUCGUUAAUGUUUCAAUUGACAUCAUCAACAUAAUCAUAAUCAUGAUGAUGGAAACACACACAUACAAGCAAUUCGAACCAAUAUGAUUAACAUUAUAAUAAGGAAAGAAAGUGAUCCACGAAUUGAGAUGAAAACGCUUCAAGCAUCAUUGGGAUGUGUCCAGUGUUAUCAGAAUGACAAAUAGGAAGAUCGAAGAAUGGUAAAGAGCUUUCAUGAUGGUGGUAAUAGUAAUGAUUAACAUGGUUUGUGAGGAAAUACAAGAGUUAAAUACAUGAAUUGAUUGGCGAAAAUUGUUCAAGGUAGGUCAAAAGUAUAACUUGAUUACAUAUUAACCUUAACACAUCUCUUCGCUUGAACCAGUCUUUGAAUACGGUUGGUCCAUUGUUUAUAAUUUGCUUUAGUGUGGAUUGUGUCACUGUUGAUUAAAAUUACAAUUAACUAUGAAGUUAAAUCCUUCAACCAAACUACUUAUCUUGACCAUUUUAAGUAACUGGAUAUGGUUUACAUUGGCAGCCAACAAUUCAUCUAAAAGUCUAAAAUCCAAAGAUAAUAUCAAUUAUUUUGAUGGAAGUUUACUGAAAGAAAAUCAGUUCCAUUUUGCUUCAGCUAAAGACGAGUUAUGUGGAUUAAUUGUUCCCGGUUUACAAAUGAUGACUCGUGGUGUUGAUAUAACCAAACUUGAUUUACUUCAUGAUUACACAGCUGACAAUGACGAUGGAUUUGCCCGUUGUUCCUUCAUAGAGUUGACUUGUAAAAAAAAACGGAAAUUUUUUCUAGCUGGAGCUGCUUAUGAUGUUCCUGAUCAGGUUUUAAGCAUAGAUUUACUUCCUCGUGAAACAAUUAAGACUCAUUUUUCAAUUAUAUCCAGCCUUGAGGAGAUUAAAAGUGAAUUUAAAAUGACUUCUGGAAUGGAUGAACCCUUGAAUCGUGGUGCUUUCUCCAAAUCAGCAUCUUACAAAACCUAUCAAUCCAUUUUAUUGAACAAUACUAAAACUAUUGCCAGUUUACAGCUGAUUACACCGACGACAAGAAUCAAUUUGGCACCAAGAACUUCUCUUCGUAAAUCUUUGUCCGAGUUUAUGGAAGAUUUCAUGAGUGAAGAGUUACCAGGACGUUAUGAGGAAGCACCGGAAAAAUAUCUUGAAUUCAUUGAAAAUUAUGGAACCCACUAUUUUAAAUCAGCUCUUUUCGGUGGCGUCUUUAAAUAUUUGACUCAAAUAGACACAUCAAAGGACAAGGAAGAUUCGAAGCCCCUGACUGACGCUGAUUUGACCAAAUCAAUCAAUAAUUAUUUCAUGUCUUUAUUGAGUCGUAAAGGAGUUGUUAGCAAAGUAUUUGAGAAAAAGGAGAACAAAGCUUUCAGGGAAAAAUUAGCUACUAAUCAAUCUUAUUAUGGAGGCGAUGCUUUCCUUCUUGAGGUUGACCGUUAUGAAAAUUGGUUACCGACUGUCCCACGAAACCCUUGGUUGGUUAAUGGACAGUUUGGCUCAAUUACUGAACUUAUCCGAAAUGAGACAAUCCGUAAUGAAUUGAACAAAGCUAUCGAAGUUCACAUGGGACUAGCAUAUAUUUCAGAAUUGAUAAGGUUGGCGACUAAUCAAAUGAAUAAAUUUCCGAACAAAUUAGCAAAAACUGGACUUUUAUUGGAAAAAAUAGAUAAAAUGUUGAAAUUCCAAAUUCCAUCUUUGGAUCAAGUUAAAGUAAUGAUUAAAGAGUUGGAAUCAUUAAAAUUCAUUUCAAAACUAAUUCAAAUUUAAGGCAGGUCAAAUUAAUUGUAAAAAGAAUGUAAUUAAAAUUAAAAAUCGAACGCCA